AUGAGGUCUUCCAUGCAGGCAGUGGCACUCUGGGGAAUAAAGGCCCCUCCUCACAGCAUCACGGCCAUCAUGAUCACUGAUGACCAACAGACAGUUGUGACUGGAAGUCAAGAGGGUCAGCUCUGUCUCUGGAAUCUCUCACCUGAACUAAAGAUUUCGGCUAAAGAGCUUCUAUUUGGUCAUUCAACUGCAGUAACAUGUUUGGCAAGAGCAAGGGACUUCUCAAAACAGCCCUAUGUCGUUAGUGCUGCUGAAAAUGGGGAGAUGUGUAUUUGGAAUGUCACCAAUGGACAGUGCGUGGAGAAGGCCACACUUCCUUACAGGCACACUGCAAUCUGUUAUUACCAUUGCGCAUUCCGGAUGACAGGAGAAGGCUGGCUUCUGUGUUGUGGGGAAUACCAAGAUGUCCUCAUAAUUGAUGCCAAAACUUUAGCUGUUGUUCAUACUUUUACAUCAUUUCAGUCUCCUGAUUGGAUCAACUGCAUGUGCAUUCUUCACUCCACGAGAAUUCAAGAUUCUCUCUUGGUGGUAUCAGUAACUGGAGAGCUCAAAGUCUGGGAUCUCUCUUCAUCUAUCAACAGCAUUCAGGAAAAGCAAGAUGUCUAUGAAAAAGAAUCCAAAUCUCUGGACUCACUGAACUGUAAGACAAUACGAUUUUGCCCGUAUACAGAGAGACUUCUACUGGUGGUAUUUUCCAAAUGUUGGAAGGUUUAUGAUUACUGUGAUUUUUCUCUCCUGUGGACUGAAGUUAGUAGAAGUGGGCAGUUCUUUACUGGUGGGGAAGUGCUUGCUGCUCACAGAAUUAUCAUCUGGACAGAAGAUGGUCACAGUUACAUCUAUCAGCUGCUGAACAGUGGGCUUUCAAAAAGUAUAUACCCUGCUGAUGGAAGAGUACUUAAAGAGACCAUUUAUCCUCAUUUACUCUGCUCUACUUCGGUGCAAGAAAAUAAGAGUCUUCCCUUUGUUAUGGGUUACAUGAAUGAAAGGAAAGAGCCUUUUUAUAAGGUACUUUUCUCUGGAGAAGUCUCAGGAAGAAUUACUCUGUGGCACAUCCCUGAUGUUCCUGUUUCCAAGUUUGAUGGUUCACCUAGAGAGAUACCAAUAAGUACAACCUGGACCCUUCAAGAUAAUUUUGAUAAGCAUCAAACCAUGUCACAGAACAUUAUUGACCAUCUUUCUGGGUUUAAAGAUGGUGUUGGAACAGCAGUAGUCACUUCAUCAGCGUAUGUUCCAAGUCUUGAUAAACUAAUAUGUGGUUGCGAAGAUGGGAGAAUUUUCAUUACACAAGCUUUGAAUGCUGCCAAAGCAGGACUCUUAGAAGGCGGUUCUUUAUUAAAAGAUUCUCUCUCUCAUAAAGUUCUUAUAGGCCAUUACCAAAGUGUCACUUCAUUACUGUAUCCACAUGGUCUCUCGUCAAAAUUAGACCAAACUUGGAUGGUGUCUGGGGACCAGGAUUCAUGUGUCAUCUUGUGGGAUAUCUUUACUGAACAAAUUUUGCAUAAAUUCAGUUUGGAAGCUGGUCCAGUAACAAGUCUUUUGAUGUCACCAGAGAAUUUCAGACUAAGAGGUGAUCAGAUAAUUUGCUGUGUGUGCAGUGACCGUUCUGUGGCCCUCCUCCACCUUGAGGGGAAGUGUUGUCUCCUACGUGCCCAGAAGCAUCUUUUCCCUGUGAGGAUGAUAAAAUGGCACCCUGUUGAGAAUUUUUUAAUUGUUGGGUGUGCAGAUGACUCUGUUUACAUCUGGGAAAUUGAAACAGGCACUUUGGAAAGACAUGAAACAGGAGAAAGAGCAAGAAUCAUUCUUAAUUGUUGUGAUGAUUCACAUUUUCUAAAGCCUGGGUCUAUACUUCCAGUUGUCACAGAGAUACAGAAGCACAAAAUUGUAGAACAGAGAUCUCUCAGCUCCUCCUACCUUGGACCAAUGCCCUCGCCUGGUCUGCAGGUGGAGUCUUCACGUAAGGUUGCUGAUGCCAAGUCUUUCCCAAGACCUUUUAAUGUCUUACCUGUGAAGACAAAAUGGAGUGACAUUGGCUUUCAUAUUCUUUUAUUUGAUCUGGAAAAUCUUGUUGAACUUUUGCUGCCAACUCCAAUCAGUGAUGCUGACUCUUCCAAUUCAUUCUAUGGUAGUGAGAUCCUGAGACGAGCCAAGAGCACAGUUGAGAAGAAGACACUGACGCUGAAAAGAAAUAAAACUGCUUGUGGUCCUCUCUCAGGGGAGUCACAAACCAAGUCUGUUAGUGAAACCCCUGUCCAAGAAGAUAAUACUGUCAAAUUCCCAGAAGAAAAUGAUGGCAUUAAAAGGCAUAAGAAAAUGAAGAGCUCCAAAAAGAUGCACCCUAAGCCAUUAAGAAAAGUUGAUGCAAACCUUUUGAUAGACACAGCUAAAUUGCUCCUGUCUUGCCUUUUGCCAUGGGGAGUGGAUAAGGAAUUAGAUAAUCUCUGCAUUAUGCAUCUUAAUAUUUUAAAGCUUCAGGGUCCAAUUUCUUUAGGACUUGCUUCAAAUGAAGAUCAUUUCUCAUUGAUGCUGCCAGGUUGGGAUUUAUGCAAUGCUGAUAUGAAGAAAGACUAUUUAAGAGUAAAUUUAUUUUCCAGAAAAGUUUUGGACUUAUCAAAUAAAUACACAGCUACUCUUCCAAACCAGGGCGUAACAUCAAGAGGACUAGAGAAUAAUUGUGAUUCUUUGCAAGAAACGAAUGCUAUAGUUUAUAUAUUGAACAGACUAUUUUUAGUUAGUAAACUAGUUAACAUGCCUUUAGAAUUGGCUUGUGGAAUUGACAGUUCCUUCAAAGGAAUGGAAUCUGUCCAUAAUAAGGUGAAAAAUCCUGGGAAUGAUGUUUUGAAUAUUUCAAGCUUCUAUGGUUACUUACGAAAUGGUAAGAAUGAACACCACAUAUCUGAGGCUGACCUUUCACUUUUGAAGCUAGUUUCCUGUUGGAGAGACCAAUCUGUGCAGCUACAUUUAGCAGCUAAUUCCAUCUUUCUGGAAAUGAUGAGAAAAGAAAGGAGGAAAUUUUUAGAAGCCAAAAUAGAGAAAGUGGGGGAGCAUUAUCACCGAGACACAGAUGACCCUAUCACCGCAUUUUUUCACACUCCAGUCAGUCUGGUCAAGCAUGACAGCAACUCAAACUCGGCAAACUUCCAAGACGCUGAGGACAUGCCUGACAGAUGUGUCUUGGAAGAGUCUGAGCAUCCAGGUAAGCUGAGGCAUCAUUCAUGGAUAAUGAAGGUGUGCUCCUGCAAAGUCUGCUAA